GAGAGAGAGAGAGAGAGAGAGGAAGUUCAAUGCAACUGUCUGCACAACUGUGGAAGUAAGUUCUCUACGGCUUCAUACACGGGUGCAGAGUUGGAAAAGGAUUAAAAAGAAGAGAAUAUGCCUGGACCUCCACCACCACCACCUCCACCUCCUCCAACAUUUGCCUCGGCAAAUACAGAGAAACCAGUUCUGAAGAAAUCUGAACAACAGGGAAGGAACGCUUUGUUAACCGACAUCUGCAAAGGCACCCGCCUGAAGAAAGCUGUCACUAAUGACCGCAGUGCUCCAGUCUUUGAGAAGCCCAAAGGAGGAGGAGGAGGAGGUGGGGGAGGAGGAGGUGGAGGUGGCUUUGGAGGCGGAGCUCCAGGUGGGUUAGGUGGACUGUUCCAGGGUGGGAUGCCAAGACUAAAAUCCCCAGGAAGCAGAGACACCUCUGCAAGGCCACCUAUGCCUCCUUCUGGUGGUAGAUCCCCCACACCGGGUGGUGGUGCUCCUCCUCGACUUUCUGGCACUCUUCCUGGGCGAAGUCCCAUGAACAAGGGCAGCAUCCCACCUGUGCCUGCCUCUAUGCCGUCCCCUCAGCGCAAUUCCCAUCCCACUGGCCCUCCUAGUUUACCUGGAGGUCGACCCCCAAACUCCUCCCAUUCUACACAAUCCACCACACCGGGCCGACGCCCCAGCCUACCCCCAACCCCUGCAGGUGGUCCUCCUGGGCGGCAAACUAAUUUACCCCCACCUCCUGUUCCUUCUAGUGGUCGUCCACCACUUCCCACAGUUCCCUCUCUCUCCUCAGAUGAUUUUCCUCCUCCUCCACCGUCCAUGGGAGGAAGCAGGGGAUCUUUUCCACCACCUCCAGUUCAUUCUAGUGGCCGUCCACCACUUCCCACAGUUCCUUCUGCCUCUUCAGAUGAUUUUCCACCUCCUCCACCAUCCAUAGGAGGAAACAGGGCAUCGUUUCCCCCACCUCCAGUACCCUCUAGUGGUCGACCUCCACUUCCCACAGUUCCUGCUGCUUCUUCAGAUGAUUUUCCCCCUCCCCCACCACCUGUAGGGGGACAUAGGGCAUCGUUUUCUCGAGAUGGACCUCCACCACCACUGCCUCCAACAGGAAAUAAACCACCGGUCCCUUCAGCGCCAAGGCCUACAGGCAAUACUCCACCACCACCCCCUUCAGGAAGAGGAGACUUACCUCCGCUGCCACCUGCACCACGGGAGGAGAACAGAACUCCUCAGAGACCUCCAUCGUCAAGCAGCCUGCCCCCUGUCCCACGUCCUGGAGGCUCUGGCCCACCUCCACCUCCACCCAGUGCAAGACCACCACAACAAGGAAGGAGCCCAUCUGUACGAUCGGGUCCUCUUCCACCUCCCCCUCCAUCAGGAGGAAGCAGAGGUGGCACUCCACCUGCACCACCUCCUAAUCGUCCUGGAGGAGGUGGAGGAGGUGGCAGACCUCCUCCACCCCCAGACCGGCCUGGAACAGGGGGCUUUCCUCCCCCACCUCCCUCCACCAUUGGCAAUGGCUACCAGAGCUCCCCACAACACAGUCAAGAUGACUGGGAGAUGAGGUUUUCCUUCCAUUCCCUAUCUGAGCUGCCACCACCAGAGCCUUACGUCUCUUGCCCUAAGACAUACCCCAGCAAGGCUGGUAAGAGUGAAGGCAAAGGAUCUUUGCAGAAGGAGAGAGGUGCUCCUCCACUGCCUCCGUUACCUCCAUCAGCCAGAUGAAGGAGAAUCACUCAUACCUGUCCAGUAUUAUUGGGGCAAUUUAGAUUUUUUAAUCAUAGCUCCUUAACACUUUUGUUCAGAAUAUUUUUUUAAACAUUGCUGAAGGUUACAGUUUCAGAAUUCCACAACACACACACACACAUACACACACACACACACACACACACACACACACACACACACACACACACACACACAUACACACACACACACACACACACACACACACACACACAAAUGACAAUGCACAGACAGACUGUCAAUAGUUAUUUUAGUGCAAUGUGUUCCAAAUAUAUUUUUGAAAGAACGUUUAUUUCUUAUAUCGACUGUUUUUAUUUCCUUUUUGAGCUUUGUCUGAAUAAAUAAAUGUAUGGAUGAAUAUAUGAUUGAAUGGAUGGAUGUUUGGAAAUGGUAUGGAAAGCUGUGCUAUUCUUGCUAAAAAAAUAAAGCACAUUUCUCUGCAAAAUCAA